AUGGCUUCCAACAGUCAUCAGACAGCUGGCAACGAUGUUGGAAAUCAUACCUCUGUCCACACGCCGAGUGGGAGACUUGAAACGACAUGUUGCGAUCCUUUGCAAAAUGCCACGUCCGAUGGAGGGAAUGAAGGAGGCAUAUUUCCUGGAAAUCAUCAUCACGAUGCCAUAAAAGCAGAUCCAUCCCUUCCGGCACAUCCGCACAUCCAAUCUGACUUUAAGUUUCCACAUCACCAAAACAGUUCACAUCAAGCUAAUCAACCUCGCCAAAUUCCCGUUCGCGUGGAGGGAGGAGAUGUUUCCAAGAAAGGAUUCCAGAUUCAUCGGGAAGAGAUUAGAUCCCUAUAUUUGGACCAGAACCUCACCCUGCACGAGGUUAUGGAACAUAUGAGACGCAAGGGUUUCCGAGCUACGUAG